CCUUACAUCAUCAUUACAAAGGUUUAAUCAUGCCUAGAAGAUGCCCAGAACUUCAAUUCCCACUUGUGAUGCAUAUAUAUAUCAAAACACACUAAGCUAAGCUAAGCAAAGCCUGUAAGUCCAGAAAGGCAGUUUCCAUUUUCCAGUAGGUGGCGAUCGAUGGCGGUGAUAACAGAGCAGCAGCAGCCUCAUUUCGUGUUAGUUCCAUUCAUGGCUCAAGGCCACAUGAUCCCCAUGAUAGACAUAGCCAGAUUACUAGCCCAUAGGGGCGUGAGAAUAACAAUUUUCCUAACUCACCAUAACGCCAGCCGAGUCAAAUCCGUGAUUGAUCGCGCGCAACAAUCUGGGCUCCCAAUCCAAGUCCUCCACCUCGGUUUCCCCUGCGCCGAGGUCGGCUUACCAGAGGGCUGCGAGAAUGUGGACUUACUCCCUUCUUUCGAAAUGGGAAUGAACUUCUACGCCGCCACCAAGAUGCUUCAACCCAGAAUCCAGGAACUUGUGAGCGAGAUGAAACCCACCCCCACCUGCUUAAUCUCCGAUUGGUGCCUCCCAUGGACGACAAAUAUCGCCCGGAGCCUUAACAUCCCGAGAAUUGUUUUUCAUGGGAUGUGUUCCUUCUCUCUGCUUUGUAUGCACAAUUUAUGGAACUGGGAUGGUUUAGAAACCGUAGAGUCUGAAUCCCAGUACUUUGAAGUGCCUGGACUGCCAAAUAAGAUUGAAAUAACCAAAGCUCAACUCACGCACUUGGUGAAACCCAUCAGCUCCGAGGAGCGCAGAAAGUUUGCCAAGGACAAGAAAGACGCGGAGGAUAGCGCUUUUGGGAUAUUGGUGAACAGCUUCGAGGAGCUGGAACCGGAAUACAUCAAGGAGUUCAAGAAAGGGAGAAAGGUUUGGGCCAUCGGCCCUGUUUCUCUGUGCAAUAAGGAGGAAUCGGACAUGGCUGAAAGGGGGAAUAAGCCCUCCAUUGAUAAGCACCACUGCUUGAAAUGGCUUGACUCCAUGGAACCCAACUCCGUCCUCUUCGUCUGCCUCGGAAGCCUCUCGCGACUGCCGACUCAUCAGAUGAUAGAGCUUGGGCUCGGACUGGAGUCAUCAAACCGCCCUUUCAUUUGGGUUAUCAGGUACUGUUACAUAUUAUUAUAUACUAACAUAAAAGGAAGGAAAUUUAAAUUAGUUGAAGAAACUUUUAGAGUAAGGUUAAUGUUUUUGUCUAUUAUUUAUUUCUUAAAUACUAGUUGGUGUGUGUAUGCAUCUCUCAAAAGAUUAAAUCUAGCUUCAAUCUUAAAGGCCCCAUGCCCCCAUGUCCCAACUGACCUAGCAUGUGAAAGAAAGUACAUCACAGAAACUUAGUGGCUCAAUAGAUAGUGUCAAAUGACUGUACUUACAAGAGAUCGGUGUAUUUUAGACAUAAUCUCACACACCUCAUUGUCAAAUUUCGAACAUUGAUCUCUCUCCCAAACACGACCUAUAGGAAGUGUGAAAGAACUAUUUUGCUUAAAAGCUUACCUGCCAUAGACAGGAAUUCAGUUAAAUCCAAAUUGAAUAUCUUAAAUUAUCUAAGUGACGAAAUCACUUAUUUACUUAAUCAUUCACUUGCUGCACAACUAAUCAUGACCACGACUCUGGUUUCUGUCCGAAAAUGAAUUCAUCGGAUGAAUUGAUGAUUCCGAUUUGAACCGCCCAUUCAAAAUGUGAUUUUUUUUUUUUUUUUGGGUUUUCUUGCCUGUUUUUGCCUUGCCAUAAUGCAACCAUAUGUGUGCCUGUAGAUUAAUGAUUGCAUGCAAUAAAUGAUAGCAUAUCAAUUUCAUUCUAUGCUUCCCUGACAGUGAUAUUUUGUCCCUUUUUUUCUUAAAUUUUUUAAUUAGUUACAACAAUGGAGUAUAUAUGAUUUAGAACUACUAAACUAGUAAAUAAAGAUAAAAAAAAGUGGGUAUAUGAAAA